AGGUUGUUAUGGUCCGCUGCCAUAAAGGACAUUGAUAUGGAGGAUAAGAGGGGGGAAAGGGCCUUCCUGCUGCUUGCGUCAGAGAAUGGAAUGGAAAGAGGCCUCGGAAAGGGAUGCUUUCGCUUUUGCACCAUUGAUGCUGAUGCUGCUGAUGCUGCUGCUGCUGCUCUGGCCUUCCUUUGGAAACCGUGGGAAAGCACCGAACUUGCGGCUCCUUCUUCGCGUGAAUGAUAUUUGAGAGGAGGGUUGUGUUGCAUUGUGUGGAAGGAGAGAAAGAAAGGGCAUUGGCAGCCUUCCUUUCUGCAGGAUUGAAAUGGAAGAACCUGAAGAAUCCCUGGAAGAUGCCCUCCUCUUCGCCUUGGACGACCUUCGCGGGGAAAACUUCAAGCGCUUCAAGAACAAGCUCUGCUUCUUGAAGAUGGAGGGAAAGGACCGGAUCCCGCAGAGCAAGCUGGAGAGCGCGGACACCGUGGACACGGUCCAGCUCCUGCUGGGGGCCUAUGGGCAGGAAGGGGCCAAAGAGGUGACCGUCCACGUCCUCAAGAUGAUCAACAUGCGGGAUUCGGCCUCCAGGCUCCAUAUGUGGAAACAGAAAGAAUGCAAGAAGAAAUAUCAGAGGCACAUCCAAGAUACCUUCUGUCACAUCCCUGAAUUGAACCCUCGUUCUGGUCAGAAAGUGAGCCACCACCAAAGAUACACUGGGCUCUUUCUCAGGGCCAGGAAACCAGAUCCUGAGGAAAGAGCCCAUGGACUCCUGGCCAUGGAAAGGAAACAUCAGGAGAUGGAGGCUCACCCAGAGAGAUGUCCAAGUCUUGGCCUGGAGGAACUGUUUGGCCCAGAUGCUGAGGGGAGAAGCUCCAGAACCGCUGUGUUGUUUGGGCUGGCUGGAAUAGGGAAAACUAUGACUCUACAGAAGUUGAUGUUGGACUGGGCAUCUGGUGAGUCUUGGCCAGCCAAGUUUGCCUAUGCCUUUUAUGUCUCCUGCGGAGCACUGAAUGCUAGUAGGGAAACUAUGAGUCUGGUUGACCUGAUAGUCAACAGCUGUCCUCCAGGGACUCUUGCAGUGGAGGACAUCUUGAUGCACCAAGACAACCUGCUCAUUAUCCUCGAUGCUUUUGAUGAACUUAAUCCUAGCCAUCUUCCAAGUGAAAGUCCAAGCAACGACGUGCAGAAGAAGCAGCCUGUAGCUGACCUAGUGUCUGGAUUGCUUCGAAGAAAGCUCCUUGCCAAAUGCCACCUCCUGGUAGCCACAAGGCCUAAGGCCAUUGGGUCCCUCCUACAAUAUCUGAGAUCAUCAAGGUGGGUGGAAGUGUUGGGAUUCCACUCAGCUCAGAGGGAGGAGUAUUUCCAACGUUUCUUUGAGGAUAGAGAAGAUGGUGCUCGAGCCUUUGAGCUUGCAAGGAGCAAUGAGACUCUUUCCCGCAUGUGCUUCCUCCCUGCUUCAUGUUUAGUGAUCUGCUCCAUCUUCAGUCAGACAACCCAAAGGGAACCCCUCAAAGAUAUCCCAGAGAAGGCAACGGUCACAGACAUUUAUGUGUGGCUCCUCUUGAAGUUCCUGGGCUGCCAUUCUACUUCGGUCAACGUUGAAGGCCUAUGCUGCUUAGCCAAAGAGCGACUGCUCCACAAAGCUGAGGUCUUUGAUGAAGAAGUGAUCAAAGAUCAUGGUUUGGGCAACCCUUCAGCACACUCGGGUAUUCUCCUCCAAGACAGCCAUGUAACAAUGACAUACACGUUCACCCACUUAGGUUUCCAGGAAUUGUUGGCCGCCUUGUCCUUUUGUCUCCUUGACUCAAAUGGGAACACGAUAUCAUCCUUCCAAGAACUGGAGGAAGUAUCUGGACACCGGACUGAAUCCAACUUCACUCUGCUUCUGCGCUUCCUUUUUGGCCUCUGCGGAGAGAGGGGGCUGGAUAUCUUUCAAGAGAGUUGGGGCUGCAGGACAUCCAGGAAAGGACUUUGGCAAGAAUUAGGGAUAUGGUUGGAGAAGGAAGUUAAGUCUCAGUCCUUUCAGAGCAAAGAGAAGCUGCUAGAACUGUGCCAUUGCAUGUAUGAGACCAAGGACCUCCCGUUUGCCAAGAACAUCAUGGGACACUUUCAUGAUCUGGACUUCAGGGACCUGCUCUCCACCAACCUAGACCUUGCAGCUGUUGCCUUCUGCUUGUCGGCUUCUGACUCCCUCCAGUCACUUCAUCUCUCUGACUGUGAGCUGGGGCCCGAAAGACUGGGGCAACUCCUGCCAGGGCUGCGGAAGCCUUCAGAGAUCCGGCUAAACCGUUGUGGGCUUACGGUUUCCACCUGCAAAGAUCUUUCUUCAGUUGUGGCAGCCAACGUGAGGCUGACCAGUCUGGACCUGUCUGAAAAUCCAUUGGGCGACUUGUGUGUGACCCAGCUGUGCCAAGGGCUGCUCAGUUCACACUGUCAACUGCAGAGUCUCCAGCUUCAUGGCUGCCACCUGACAGCUGUUGCCUGUGAGCCCCUUUCUGCACUUCUGGCAUCCAAGCCAUGCCUCAUUGAGCUCGAUCUUGGAGGAAACCCCUUGGGAGACCCGGGAGUCCAUAUAUUGUGCAAAGGGAUGAAGAACCCACUGUGCGGACUGCAAAGGCUCAAGUUGCACCAAUGCAGCCUUACGGGCACCGCCUGCACAGAUCUGGCCUCCGUUUUGGAAACUAGUCUGAGUUUGACAGAGCUUAACCUGGGGGACAACAGCCUCGGGGAUGAUGGUGUCCGGCAGCUGUGCCUUGCACUGAAAAAGUCCCACUGCAAACUCCGGAGUCUGGCACUGAGCAUGGGAUCCCUGAACCGGAUCACAAGGACGAGGCUCCAGGCAGCUAUUUCGGCGCGUCCUGAAAUGACAGUGGUUUCCUACUAUUCGCCCUCCUACCUGGCCUUCCCAGGUGACGAAGGAUCAUGGGGCAUGUUUCCACGUUCCCAACACUCCGGCCAAUUUUGACACUGAAGCUGGUAAAGGAGGGAACGAUUGCAAGGCGCACUUCAAGGAGAUUGAUUUGGCACAUCACAAUGGUUCCCUUAAAAGACCGUAAGGGUUAGGUCUACUUUCAGGACUGUUUCCAGAGGAGGGAGACUCAAAGGACCAAGGGUCUGGAGAACAAGCCCUAUAAGGCGAAACGUCAGGAGAAAAUGCCUCUAGAACAUGGCCAUAUAACCCGGAAAAACCUACAACAACCCAUCAAGUUUAUCCCUUAGAAAGAUAACUCAUUGUGAACAAAAAAGCCUAUUUUGAGUUAUCUACAAUGUCUUGAUCCUUGAGAGUUCCAGUUCUCUAAAGGAAGGCGAGAAGCAAUCCCCUGGGGAAAAGAUGUCACGUGCAUGUUUCUUUCACUAAGAACUAUAGCCGCCAGGCAGCGAUGGCAUAAGAAGGAUGAUAA